ACACGACGCGACUCUUUUUCUAUCCCAUGCCUGCGCUUCCCAUGGCGCCCGCUGCUGCGCUGCUAAGCGGGGGGACGUUUUAACUAACUAUUAUUUAACUUAGGAGUUUCUGUUUCACGCGUUUAUUUUUUUUAAUUCGUUAUUUCAUUUCAUUUGCAACCUGGAGCGGCCAUGACCGUGGAGCAGAAUGUCCUCCAGCAGCACUCUCAGAAGCACCAACAGACGUUACUGAAUCAGCUGAGGGAAGUUACUGGAACUACAGAUGUUCAGCUGUUACAGCAGGCCUUACAGGUCAGCAAUGGUGACCUAGCUGAGGCAGUAGCCUUUCUUACAGAGAAGAAUGCCAAAGUCCCUCAACAGGAUGAAGCCACCUACUAUCAAACCACACAGAUCGGCAACGACAGAUACAUCAGCGUGGGCAGCCAGGCCGACACGAAUGUGAUCGAUCUGACAGGAGACGAUAAAGAUGACCUUCAGAGAGCCAUCGCGCUCAGCCUGGAGGAGUCCAACCGGGCCUUCAGAGAGACGGGCAUCACGGAUGAGGAGCAGGCAAUCAGCAGGGUGCUGGAGGCAAGUAUAGCGGAGAACAAAGCCAGCCUGAAGCGCACACACACUGAGGUGUGGAGCGACUCGCCCAACCCUCAUGACAGGAAGCGGCAGGGUAACUGCCCUGUGGGGCUGAAGAAUGUGGGCAACACCUGCUGGUUCAGCGCCGUCAUACAAUCCUUGUUUAACCUGCUGGAAUUCCAGAGACUAGUGUUGAACUACUCUCCUCCUACCCGGGUGCAGGAUUUACCCCGAAACCAGAAGGAGCACAGGAAUCUGCCCUUCAUGCAGGAGCUGAGGCAUCUCUUCUCCUUGAUGGUGGGAUCCAGGAGGAAAUACGUCGACCCGUCCAAGGCUGUGGAGAUCCUCAAGGAUGCCUUUAAGUCCAGCGAGUCGCAGCAGCAGGAUGUAAGUGAGUUCACUCACAAACUGCUAGACUGGCUGGAGGACGCGUUCCAGAUGAAGGCAGAGGAAGACAGAGAGGAUGAGAAGCCAAAGAACCCGAUGGUGGAGCUGUUUUAUGGCCGGUUCCUGGCUGUAGGUGUCCUUGAAGGAAAGAAGUUUGAGAACACAGAGAUGUUCGGACAGUACCCGCUACAGGUGAACGGCUUCAAAGACCUACAUGAGUGUUUAGAGGCCGCCAUGGUGGAGGGCGAGAUCGAAUCUCUGCAUUCUGCUGAAAACUGUGCCAAAUCUGGACAGGAGCACUGGUUUACUGAACUUCCCCCAGUUUUGACCUUCGAGCUGUCACGGUUCGAGUUUAACCAGGCUUUGGGCCGACCUGAGAAGAUCCACAACAAGCUGGAGUUCCCCCCAAUGCUCUACAUGGACAGGUACAUGGACAGGAAUCGUGAAAUCACACGGAUCAAGCGGGAGGAGAUCAGAAGACUGAAGGAGCAUCUGACCGUCCUCCAGCAGCGGCUCGAGAGGUAUCUCAGUUAUGGCUCGGGUCCUAAGAGGUUUCCUCUGGCUGAUGUUCUACAAUAUGCCAUGGAGUUUGCCUCCAGCAAGCCUGUGUGCACUUCCCCCAUAGAGGACUUCGACACAUCAGCGCCACCUGGUGGCACAACAGCACUGGUGCCUCCUGCACCAAGUGUGGCGGAGCAGGGCCCUUUAGCCCCUCCAGACGGCUCCGGGACUUCUCCUCAGCCUCAGCCUCAGCCUCAGCAGCAGCAGCAGCAGCAACAGCGUGUGCCCAUCCACAAGCCCUUCACCCAGUCACGUGUGCCCCCAGACCUGCCCAUGCACCCCGCACCCCGCCACAUCACAGAGGAGGAGCUGCACGUGCUCGAGGGCUGCCUGCACCGCUGGAGGAGCGAGGUGGAGAAUGACACGCGAGAUCUUCAAGGGAGUAUAUCCAGAAUCCACAGAACAAUCGAGCUCAUGUACUCGGACAAGACGAUGAUGCAGGUGCCGUAUCGGCUGCACGCAGUCCUGGUGCACGAGGGCCAGGCCAACGCAGGCCACUACUGGGCGUACAUCUAUGACCCACAGCACCACUGCUGGAUGAAAUACAAUGACAUCUCGGUGACCAAGUCAUCGUGGGAGGAGCUGGUGAGGGACUCGUUCGGCGGCUACCGGAAUGCCAGCGCUUACUGCCUCAUGUACAUCAACGACAAGAAGCCCUUCCUCGUCCAAGAGGAGUUUGAUAAGGAGACGGGCCAGGUGCUGAGCGGCCUAGAUAAGCUGCCUCCGGACCUGAAGGAGUAUGUGAAGGAGGACAACCAGCAUUUUGAGCGUGAGCUGGAGGAGUGGGACGCCAUGCAGGCCAGGAAAGCCCAGCAGGAGAAGCUGGCCAUGGCCGCAGCCGCCGCUGCCGCCGCAUCUCCUCGUCCCCUGAGCACCGAGACGAGCCCUGCCGAGAGCACGGCUUGCCAGCAGGACCCGGACUACAUGGAGCAGCCUUCGCCCACGGACGACUCCAAACACCUGCAGGAGGACACGGAGAGAGCCAUCAACAAAGCUGCAGCUCAACAGGAUGAGAAGAAUCCCGAGGCUCUGCUUUACGCUGCGGAGUCCCAUGCAUCCCCUGCCCAAACCCCUCCCCCUGACCCUGCACAGGAUGGCGCCGCCUCCACCGCAGUCGCUCCCCAUCGGGUGGUGGAGGUGGCCAUCCCUCAUGUAGGAACCUUCGUCAUUCAGUCACAAGAGGGGGGGUACGAUGACGAGACAAUGAUGACUCCAAACAUGCAGGGUAUUAUAAUGGCCAUUGGCAAAGCCAGGAGUGUGUAUGACAAGUCUGGUCCCGAAGCAGCCUUCUUCAAGGCACUUAAAGUCGAGUACACUCGUUUGCUGCGGUUAGCGCAGGAAGACACGGCACCUCAGAACGAUCAUCGGCUACAGCACAUCAUCGUUUACUUCAUCCAGAACCAGGCACCCAAGAAGAUUCUGGAGAGAACCCUGCUCAUGCAGUUCGCAGACAGAAACCUCGGCUUUGAUGAGAGAUGUAAGAACAUCAUGAAGGUGGCGCGCGCCAAGCUCGAGCUCAUCAAGCCCGACGAAGUCAACAUGGAGGAAUACGAGAUGUGGCAUCAGGACUACAGAAAUUUCCGCGAGACUACAAUCUUCCUAAUGAUUGGCCUUGAGCUCUUUCAGAAGAAAAGUUACGUGGAGGCACUGAUGUACCUGGUGUACUCGUAUCAGUACAACAAAGAGCUGCUGUCCAAAGGGCCGUACCGAGGGCAUGAUGAAGAGCUCAUAGGCCAUUAUCGCAGAGAGUGCCUGCUGAAGCUGAACGAGCAUGCGGCGGCCAUGUUCGAGAGCGGCGAGGAGCUGGAGGUGAACAAUGGCCUGAGCAUCAUGAACGAGCUGGUGGUGCCGUGCAUCCCUCUGCUGCUGCUUGAUGAGAUGGAGGAGAAGGACAUGGUGGCUGUGGAGGACAUGAGGAACCGCUGGUGCUCAUAUCUGGGCCAGGAGAUGGAGCCUAAUCUUCAAGAGAAACUGACCGAUUUCCUCCCCAAGUUGCUCGACUGCUCUACAGAGAUCAGGAGCUUCUGCGAGCCACCCAAGCUUCCAUCGUACUCCACCCUGGAGCUGUGCGAGCGUUUCGGCCGCGUCAUGGCCUCCCUCACGCUCAGCCGAACACCCGCUGACGGCAGAUGAGCUCUUCACGGACCUCUCUUAACCCAACACCUCCCCAAACCCCCUCCCGCCCCCACCACCAUCCCCCAAAGCCUUCCUCCAAAGCAGGGCUGCUUCAGCUGUUACUUCUCUUUAGUUCUCAUUUUUAUCAUCUUUAUCCGUAUCAUUAUCACUAGCAUUUGGAGAUUUCGCUCAUCUUUUAAAGCUAAUAUGGCACAGAGGAGAAGGAAAAUGAGCGUUAACAAAAUGGGAUUACAAACUUCACAGCUUAGAAUUUGCAGCAUGCUCUGGCUUUAUCAAGCGAGGUUGAAAAUGUAUUUGGUUAUUUUAUUGUUGUUUUUAAUUUGCUUUUUUUUUUUUUUUUCAACAAUCACAUUUUUUCAUGAGUCUACCCUUUUUGUAAAAAGGAAAGACCUGCUGCUCAGCCACCCCUUUAUUACAGCGUUAUCGCACUCGUUUUGUUUUUCUAAAGGACGGGACUGAACGUGAAGACCAGGAGAGUCAGAGAUGGCUCGAGAUGUAUAGAGAUGUGUGUAUAGGUCUUUGACCUGAGGACUGAAACUCUCAAGUUUUAAGUGCUGUGCUAGGCAGCCGGGGACACGCCUCGCGGCUUGUUAAUACAUUGAGAGAAUAAAGUUUUAUUUAUGGCGCUUUUAGGCCAGAUACCUGUUUUGCUCAAUUAAAGCUUGUUAUUUUGAAUUAA